AUGGAUGAUAAACGACUGUUUGAUCACUUUGCACUUAUUGAUGUAGAAAAUACAGGUUCUAUUGAACGUGAUGAAUUACUUCCGACAACAUCAUCACCAAUAGCAGAUACAUUUAUACAAUUAUCAUCGAAAAUACGUGAUAUAACACCAAAACAUCAACAACUUAUUGUUGAUUUAGUUAUUAUUUACCGAACCCAUGGUGCAAAUCCACCAGUUGCUUAUGAAGCUAUAUGGGCAACUCCAAAUCAUUUCUCAGCUAAUCUAAAUCAUAGUGGACUACACAAUCAUGAAAUGUAUUUAUGUAUUAGACGUGGGCGUGAUAAACCACCAAUAACAGAUAUUGAUGUUUUGUUGGAAGGAAGAGAAGAAACCAUGGAUAAUUUUUCAGUUAUUGAAACAACAACACAUGGAUAUCCAGCAAGUAUAUGUAAUUCAUUCUUUAGCAAAGAACAUACAUUAAUUACAUAUCGACGAGCUGCCUUAACGAUUUUGUGCAAUACAUUAACUGUGACAGAUGUUUGUGUUAUUAUUGAGAGCAAAGGCAAAACUUCUCCACAUUCAUUUAUUAAAAUAAAUAAAAAUUUAAAUCAUUCAAUGUUUAAUCCAAAAAUAUAUUUUUGUUAUAAAAAAUCUGUUAUGAAUUCCAUACGAAUUCAAUAUCGUCCACGUAUUCUUUAUACGUUUCCAACAAUCGAUGAUAAUCAAUAUGAUAUAUUUCUGGAUAAAACUUCUCUUUUUUGUUUUCCAAUGGGUGCAUUUAUUGAACGAUGA